GAAAUCCGUUUGUGGUGGAUUGCUACAGUAAUCCUACAUACAGCAGUCUGGACGAUAUAUUUGAUCACGACUAAAACCCAGAACUGGAGGCCUGGAUCAGAUUAGGUACAACCAAGAAGAAACAGAUUAAAUUAAGACAUGAAUUGAGCUGCGGUGUGUAAACCAGAGAAAACAGAGAUCGGUUGGAAACCUUUUCCUGGACCGGAGCAGUCUGUUCAUCUGACAGAUAAUUUGACAGCAGUUGGUUUACAAGCUACCUCUGGCUCGACAAGGCAGGAAGAAAGCUUUCAUUUAGUGGUUAAAGUGACCCCCCCUCCCCCUCCCUCCCUCCCCACAUCUUGCUAACUAAAUUACGUUCCUGCCCAGUUCUUCCCUAGUCUGCUAACCCCUUGCCGGAGAGGACGGCUGCGGAUCCAGAGGUGCUGUUGGAGGUAGCUAGCUAGCACGGCUAGUUCAUUUCACUAGCUAGCCUGCUAGCUACGCCUUGGAAUUCACACCAUUAGCUAACUGGUUCCUCCUGGGGCAGAUACGCCGAGAUGUCGGUGACGAAAGACCAAACACCAACCAAACUGUCCACCACCGAUCGGCCCAUUAAAGCGGUGCCCUACCCCCCUGGCUCCAAGCUGACGGUAAAGGACCUGUAUGUAGAUGGGAAGCCCAGUGUUGAGGUGCUCAAGACCCAUCUUGUUAAGGAGGGCCGUCUGGAGGAGGAAGCAGCUCUUCGCAUCAUCACUGAUGGAGCCAACAUCCUGCGACAAGAGAAAUGCAUGCUGGAGGUGGAAGCACCUAUAACAGUGUGCGGGGAUGUCCAUGGCCAGUUCUUUGACCUGAUGAAGCUGUUUGAGGUGGGUGGCUCGCCCAGCAGCACCCGCUACCUGUUCCUGGGGGACUAUGUUGAUCGAGGAUACUUCAGCAUCGAGUGUGUGUUGUUCCUGUGGACUCUGAAGAUCAACCACCCCGCCACUCUGUUCCUACUCAGAGGAAACCAUGAGUGCCGGCAUCUCACAGAGUACUUCACCUUUAAACAGGAGUGUAAGAUAAAGUACUCUGAGCGUGUGUAUGAUGCGUGUAUGGAGGCGUUUGAUUGCCUUCCCCUGGCUGCGCUUCUCAACCAGCAGUUCCUGUGUGUCCACGGAGGCCUGAGCCCCGAAAUCACCUGCCUGGACGACAUACGCAAGCUGGACCGGUUUAAGGAGCCCCCUGCGUUCGGACCCAUGUGUGACCUGCUGUGGUCAGACCCUGGAGAAGACUACGGCUCUGAGAAGACCCAGGAACACUUUGCUCAUAACUCAGUUCGAGGCUGCUCCUACUUCUACAGUUACCCAGCAGUAUGUGACUUUCUGAUGAACAAUAAUCUGCUGUCAGUAAUAAGAGCACAUGAAGCCCAGGAUGCUGGGUAUAGAAUGUACAGGAAAAGCCAGACGACGGGUUUUCCUUCUCUGAUCACGAUAUUCUCUGCUCCGAAUUACCUGGACGUGUACAACAACAAAGCGGCGGUGCUGAAGUAUGAGAACAACGUGAUGAACAUCCGUCAGUUCAACUGCUCCCCUCAUCCCUACUGGCUGCCCAACUUCAUGGACGUCUUCACCUGGUCGCUGCCCUUCGUCGGCGAGAAGGUGACAGAGAUGCUGGUUAACGUGCUCAACAUCUGCUCUGAUGACGAGCUCAUGUCUGAAGGAGACGACACCUGCGAGGCUGGAACUUCUGCUGUGAGGAAGGAGGUAAUCAGGAAUAAGAUCCGAGCGAUCGGGAAAAUGGCCCGUGUCUUUUCUGUGCUCAGAGAGGAGAAUGAGAGUGUGUUGCAGCUGAAGGGACUGACCCCCACUGGGGCCUUGCCUGUGGGAGUUCUGUCUGGAGGACGGCAGACCCUGGAGAGCGCUACCGUACAGGCAGAAGAGGCACGAGCUAUCCAAGGGUUCAACCCGCAGCAUAAGAUCCAGUCCUUUGAGGAGGCCCGAGGUCUGGACAGGGUCAAUGAACGGAUGCCCCCUCGCCAAGAUGCUUCUCCCCCUCCCAAUAACCUCCCAGCCAGUGGCCCACCUAACAAGAACGGGACCAACACACAGGCCUAGGCAUCUGGCCCACCUCCCUCUGUAUCCCUCUCUCCCGCUCAAAUUUUUCCCUCUCGACUCUCGCUCUCCCUCCCCCGCUCUCUGUAUCCCUCCCUCCCGCUCUCCCUCCCACUCUCCCUCCGGAUCCCUCCCGCUCUCCCU